GUCGGGACUGUCCGGACUCUCGCGAAACUUUGUCUCGGCCCGGCCUGCACUGCGGUGUUUCCCGCGCGGGCAAGCUCGGGUCGCAAGAGAGUUGGGCCUUCCUUGCCGCCGCCGGGAUGGGAUUCCUGAAAUUGAUUGAGAUCGAGAACUUUAAAUCGUACAAAGGUCGACAAAUUAUCGGACCAUUUCAGAGGUUCACCGCCAUCAUUGGACCCAAUGGCUCCGGUAAGUCAAACCUCAUGGAUGCUAUCAGCUUCGUGCUGGGUGAGAAAACUAGCAACCUGCGGGUGAAGACCCUCCGGGACCUGAUCCAUGGCGCUCCUGUGGGCAAGCCGGCUGCCAACCGGGCCUUUGUCAGCAUGGUGUACUCCGAGGACGGGGCUGAGGACCGCACCUUUGCCCGGGUCAUUGUAGGGGGUUCUUCUGAGUACAAGAUCAACAACAAAGUUGUUCAGCUGCAUGAGUAUAGCGAGGAAUUAGAGAAGUUAGGUAUUCUCAUCAAAGCGCGCAACUUCCUCGUCUUCCAGGGUGCUGUGGAAUCUAUUGCCAUGAAGAACCCCAAAGAGAGGACAGCUCUGUUUGAAGAGAUCAGUCGCUCGGGAGAGUUGGCCCAGGAGUAUGAUAAGCGAAAAAAGGAAAUGGUGAAAGCUGAAGAGGACACACAGUUUAAUUACCAUCGCAAGAAAAACAUCGCAGCCGAACGCAAGGAAGCCAAACAGGAGAAAGAGGAGGCUGACCGCUACCAGCGCCUGAAGGAUGAGGUGGUGCGAGCACAGGUGCAGCUGCAACUCUUUAAGCUGUACCAUAACCAAGUGGAGAUCGAGAAGCUCAACAAGGAGUUGGGCUCCAAGAACAAAGAGAUCGAGAAGGACAAGAAGCGGAUGGACAAAGUGGAGGAUGAACUGAAGGAGAAGAAGAAGGAGCUGGGCAAGAUGAUGCGGGAGCAGCAGCAGAUCGAAAAGGAGAUCAAGGAGAAGGACUCAGAGCUGAACCAGAAGCGUCCUCAGUACAUCAAAGCCAAGGAGAACACCUCCCACAAAAUCAAGAAGCUCGAGGCAGCCAAAAAGUCUCUGCAGAAUGCUCAGAAGCAUUACAAGAAGCGCAAAGGUGACAUGGAUGAGCUGGAGAAGGAGAUGCUGUCAGUGGAGAAGGCCCGGCAGGAGUUCGAGGAACGCAUGGAAGAGGAGAGUCAGAGUCAGGGCAGAGAUCUGACGCUGGAGGAGAAUCAGGUGAAGAAGUACCACCGGUUGAAAGAGGAAGCCAGCAAAAGAGCAGCAACCUUGGCCCAAGAGUUGGAGAAGUUUAACCGAGACCAGAAAGCUGAUCAGGACCGGCUAGAUCUGGAAGAGCGGAAGAAAGUGGAGACAGAGGCCAAGAUUAAGCAGAAGCUGCGAGAGAUUGAAGAGAAUCAGAAGCGGAUUGAGAAAUUGGAGGAAUACAUCACCACCAGCAAGCAGUCCCUAGAGGAGCAGAAGAAGCUGGAGGGGGAGCUGACAGAGGAGGUAGAAAUGGCUAAGCGGCGCAUCGAUGAGAUCAAUAAGGAGCUGAACCAGGUGAUGGAGCAGCUGGGGGACGCCCGCAUCGACCGCCAGGAGAGCAGCCGGCAGCAGCGGAAGGCGGAGAUCAUGGAGAGCAUCAAGCGCCUUUACCCUGGCUCUGUGUACGGCCGCCUCAUUGACCUCUGUCAGCCCACACAAAAGAAGUAUCAGAUUGCUGUGACAAAAGUUUUAGGCAAGAACAUGGAUGCCAUUAUUGUCGACUCAGAGAAGACGGGCCGGGACUGCAUCCAGUAUAUCAAGGAGCAGCGUGGGGAGCCUGAGACCUUCCUGCCUCUUGACUACCUGGAGGUGAAACCAACAGACGAGAAGCUCCGGGAGCUGAAGGGGGCCAAGCUAGUGAUUGAUGUGAUUCGCUACGAGCCACCUCAUAUCAAAAAGGCCCUGCAGUAUGCUUGUGGGAAUGCCCUGGUCUGUGACAAUGUGGAGGACGCCCGUCGUAUUGCCUUUGGAGGUCACCAGCGCCACAAGACAGUGGCACUGGAUGGGACCCUGUUCCAGAAGUCAGGAGUGAUCUCCGGUGGGGCCAGUGACCUGAAGGCCAAGGCACGGCGCUGGGAUGAGAAAGCAGUUGAUAAGUUGAAAGAGAAGAAAGAGCGGUUGACGGAAGAGCUAAAAGAGCAAAUGAAGGCAAAGCGGAAAGAGGCAGAGCUGCGUCAGGUGCAGUCCCAGGCCCAUGGAUUGCAGAUGCGACUCAAAUACUCCCAGAGUGACCUGGAGCAGACCAAGACACGCCACCUGGCCCUGAAUCUGCAGGAAAAGUCCAAGUUGGAAAGUGAGCUAGCUAACUUUGGGCCUCGAAUUAAUGAUAUCAAGAGGAUCAUCCAGAGCCGGGAGAGAGAAAUGAAAGACUUGAAGGAGAAGAUGAACCAGGUGGAGGAUGAAGUAUUUGAAGAGUUUUGUCGGGAGAUUGGUGUGCGCAAUAUCCGGGAAUUCGAGGAAGAGAAGGUGAAACGGCAGAAUGAAAUCGCCAAGAAGCGAUUGGAGUUUGAGAAUCAGAAGACUCGCCUGGGCAUCCAGCUGGAUUUUGAAAAGAACCAACUAAAGGAGGACCAGGAUAAAGUACACAUGUGGGAACAGACAGUGAAAAAGGAUGAAAAUGAAAUUGAGAAACUGAAGAAGGAGGAACAGAGACACAUGAAGAUCAUAGAUGAGACCAUGGCCCAGCUACAGGACCUGAAGAAUCAGCACCUGGCCAAGAAGUCUGAAGUGAAUGACAAAAAUCACGAGAUGGAGGAGAUUCGUAAGAAACUCGGGGGCGCCAACAAGGAAAUGACUCAUUUGCAAAAGGAGGUGACAGCCAUUGAGACCAAGCUGGAGCAGAAGCGCAGCGACCGCCACAACUUGCUGCAGGCCUGCAAGAUGCAGGACAUCAAGCUGCCGCUGUCCAAGGGCACCAUGGACGAUAUCAGCCAGGAAGAGGGCAGCUCCCAGGGGGAGGAUUCAGUGAGUGGCUCGCAGAGAACCUCCAGCAUUUACGCACGAGAGGCCCUCAUCGAGAUCGACUAUGGAGACCUGUGUGAGGACCUAAAGGAUGCCCAGGCUGAGGAGGAGAUUAAGCAGGAGAUGAACACACUGCAGCAGAAGCUGAACGAGCAGCAGAGCGUGUUACAGCGCAUUGCUGCCCCCAACAUGAAGGCCAUGGAAAAGCUGGAGAGUGUCCGAGACAAGUUCCAGGAGACCUCCGAUGAGUUUGAGGCAGCCCGAAAGCGAGCGAAGAAGGCCAAGCAGGCGUUUGAACAGAUCAAGAAGGAGCGCUUUGACCGCUUCAACGCCUGCUUUGAGUCUGUGGCUACCAACAUCGAUGAGAUCUACAAGGCUCUGUCCCGCAACAGCAGUGCCCAGGCAUUCCUGGGUCCCGAGAACCCAGAGGAGCCCUACUUGGAUGGCAUCAACUACAACUGCGUGGCUCCUGGCAAACGCUUCCGGCCUAUGGACAACUUAUCCGGCGGGGAGAAGACAGUGGCAGCUUUGGCCCUGCUGUUUGCCAUCCACAGUUACAAGCCAGCCCCUUUCUUCGUCCUGGAUGAGAUCGAUGCUGCCUUGGAUAACACCAACAUCGGCAAGGUGGCAAAUUACAUCAAGGAGCAGUCGACAUGCAACUUCCAGGCCAUCGUCAUCUCUCUCAAGGAAGAGUUCUACACCAAGGCAGAGAGCCUUAUUGGCGUCUACCCCGAGCAAGGGGACUGUGUCAUCAGCAAAGUCCUGACCUUCGACCUCACCAAGUACCCAGAUGCCAACCCCAACCCCAAUGAGCAGUAGCAGUAGUUUCUGCCCUCCUGCCCUGCCUGGGAUCCCUUAGCUGCCCCUCUGCCAUUCUUUGGAUAUUUGGCUGCCAACCUUCCCUGUCUCCUGGCCCUGUUUGGUGUAGUCAUGGAAUGUAGGCUCUGCCGUCAAGCAUGAAGAGGAACAGAGAUGCUGCUGCGUCUGGAAUAGAACUUCCUGAGCCACAGGGAGCCUCCUGGCCUCUGCAAGGAGGUGCUGAGCUGGGCUGAACAGGACCGUCCCUCCAUCUUUCCCUCCCAGAUCUCUCCACCUCACCAUCCAUCCGCAUGGCUCCCCCGGGCCUUUUGCCCAGUGUGUGGAUGUGUGGCCACCUGUGUGCAUGUGUGUGUGUAUGCAGAAUAGUAAAAGAUCCCGGAGACCUGUUUUGGAAAGGAGCCUAGGCUGAAUCUGCCUCCAGGAGAGCCUAGGAUAGCACCCCAGAGCUGGACAAAGGUGCUGUGCUCCUCCCGGGGGGUCUUCAGCAGUCACCUUCACUCCCUGAUGUGUUUGUUCGCUUGCGUGCUCAUCAAGUACAUAACGGACUACGCUGUCCGGCUGGAUGCUUGUCAUUCGGAGUGGAAUUGUGCAUGAUCUCUGUCCUGGUAAGGAGCUGCAGUGGGUUGGGAAUUUACUGGGUUUAGCUGGAUGUUGUCAUGUACUUUGAAUGUGAGAUGAGGAUUGUCGCCUCCAGGGAAUUGUCACAUGUCAUCAGGACCUUGACCGCUAGAUUUUGAUCAGGCACUGAGAAGGCAACAAAGCGCUCUGGGGACAGUUAAGGGUCCUGGCACACUUUUGAUCAGUUUGAUGCUGGACAAGUCAUUUCACCUUUCUGUGCCUCAGUUUCCUCAUCUGUAAAAUGGGGCUAACAGUAUUUACCUACCUCAUAGGAUUUGAUGAUGUCAAGUUCCUCACUGUAGGCCUUACCCUUGUGUGGAGCCCAGUAGGUGCUGUCCCAUCAGAAUACAAGCCUUCUUGUGCCUGGAGCCCUGAGGACUUCUGAUCUUAAUCCUGGCUGUUAGGGACGGGAGCAGCAUACAGAUUUGGGAGGUUAAGGAUGCUCUGGUGAUUUGGGAAAGUGCCAGGGCACUGAUGGGCUCUGCCUGGUCAGUGAGGGCCUGGGAAGCCUGGAGCUUCAGUUAGAUGUGAUAACUGGGUAGUCAGCCAUCAGCCCUGGUUGCGAAGAAGCAGGAGAGAGGUUGCCUGGGCCAUUUCCCAACCUGACGCGUGUGAGGAACUGCCCUCAUUAGUUACUAGGAACGCCUGCCACCUUCACUUGUCCACCUACAGACCUUUGUCUCAUCUGUGUAUUUCUUCGCUUUUUAAAGUCUAAUCAAUUCCUGUUAUCUAAGUAAUGAACUAAUCAAUUCUCUUUUUAAGAAAUUAGAUUAUAUAGAUCAGGUAGUCUCACUCAGCUACCAACUUCUCUCCCCCCCUCAACCUACCAUUGUACUUCUAUCUAAAGUCUAGUACUUUUACGUAGAUAAGUUUGUUGGAAAUAGCUUUUGAUGCAGAAGGCUUAUUGAAUUGUUUAUUUCAUUUGCUUGCUUUGCCUAAUAAUGAUGUUUUAGAGACCCGCUCAUGUUGCUAGGUUGUAAUCAAUCCCUUUUGUGUAAUUGCUGUGUAGAUCACCAUAUGACCCUACUGCGUUUUACUUGUCCCUUGCUGCUAUGGAAAAUAAGGCUGUUUUUAGUUUUUACUAUUAAAGAAUAAGACACAGGACUAACCAUAUGCCUGUGGAAGUCUGUGUGUGUGAGAGAGCGAGCAAGAAGGGAAGAGGGCUGUUAGUCCUCAUAGUGGGAUUGUGCAGUCAUGGGAAUGCUAAUGUGGGCCAUAUUUAUGUUUUGUUUUUUGGAGAUACUUUCAAAUGGCCCUCUUGUCGUAUUCUGUGAUUUUCUUGUGGUGCUCUAAGGUCUGACACAGUUACCGACAUCAGCUUCAUCAUAGGUGUGUAGUCACAGGUUUGGUGUGGGACUGGUGUAUCUUGCUAAGAUCAAUUAAAAGGCAUGAUUAUUGAAAUGAAUUUGUGUUCCACCAAAAAAGUCACCACCAGUGGUACAUGUGCCACAAUUUCGGCAAAGGCUGUUAACAGUUUGGGCCUCACUUUUGGUUCAAAUCAUAGCUGUUGGAGACGUGGCCAAGUAGUCCACCUCUGAGCCUCAGACCCCUGAUCUCCUGAAAGGAAAUGGCAGAUGCUUAAAACAGCAAAGGGAAGGUUAUAUGAAAGCUGUUGGGAUGCCAUGUAAAUCAGUCUUUUUAUGGAUGACAGUUGCUGUUCUCCCCACUUCACAGUCGAGGGAACUAAGGCCCAGAAAGGUGGAGUGAUGUGUCUGUCAGAGGACAAUAUUGGAUUGGAACCCUGGUCCUCCAAUCAUGCUAGUGUUUUCUCCAUUAUAGAAGAGGCCAUCUACCAUGGCUGUACAGAAUCCUUUACAAAGCUUUUUCUUUCUUCCUCUUUUUAAAAGUCGACUAUAUGUAAAUAGGUACUAAACAAAAUAGUACAGAAGAGCUUGGAAUGAAAAGCAGUGAUUCCCUGCUGUCUCCCCACAUCCAGAGUUGUUUUACAAGUCAGUUGCUCUGCUCUCUUCUCCAACUCUGAUUCGGUAGAUGAGGUGGGGAUAACUAACCCCACCUCACAGGGUGCAAAGGAUUACAGGACAUAUCUUGGCUAAGGCCUCAGCCCCCAAGAACACAAAUGCCAUGAAAGAGCUUUGAGGACUUUAGUUCUGGAGGGAAAGGGUGUGAUGAGGUAGCCUGACUAGGAAUUCAUUGGUUUCCUUGGCAGAGCCUAGACUUUGGUCUCCUUACUGCUCACACACUGCUCUUUGGUUGUGUCUGCUGCCAUUGCUGGGCAGCAUGUGUCAAAUGAAGGCCAUCCUUGGAGGAGGGCAGGCACCAUGGUAUGCUUGCAAAAGCAAGCUGCGUCCAUGCAAAAUCCCUAGGGCAUGUUGAAGGAAGUCCAUCUACUCAUACUGUGAACCCAGUGGCUUUGGUCAAGAGAGUUGAGUACUCCAUCACAGUAUCCACCUGUGAUUUUACAAGUUUUAGAAAUUAUGGUGUUGUAUAAUAGGAGCACAAAGAUGGGCCCAAGCCUUUGUCUUGCCUUUGAAGAGUUCCCUGGUUGCUGGAGAAGCCAUUCAAAAGGUAAGCUGUUGCCCAUGUGACUUGAUGGGCACUCUGACAGCACAGGAGGGGCAUCUAGCUUAGCUGGAGAUUCACAGAAGGCAUCCCCUAAUGGUGACAGCUGGAUUGGGACUAGAAGAACUGCUAGAAAUGAGCCAGUUGAGGAAGUAGACGGAAUUUCGGAGUAGUGGGGAUAGCAUGCAUGAAGACUCAGGCAAACAAUAACAGCAACAAGGCAAGCUCAGAAAUACUGAAGCCCAAAUUCUUGGAAGAAUAGCAAGGAAAGCUAGACAGGAGACAGACUGGAAGAGCAUCCAGUAUCUGGCUGUAGGGGUCCAGGUUCAUUUUAAGGGACAGUGUGGUUUCCAAGCCAUUUGUACAUUGUAAAUCCAUGCAGCAUUCUGGGCCAAGGCUCUGAAAACACACUUCCAGGAAGUCUAAAAGUGGGACCUUGGAGCCUUGACUCUACAGUGCAGUGGAUUUGGAAACUAUAACUUAAAGGCAGUGGCGGAGCCAUGAACUUGUUUGAAGUGGGAUGUUAGGACAAUUCCACUUUAGAUGUCAACUGAAGAAGCUUGCUGCAGCCAACCAGUUGGUGCAGAAGCAGAUCAGGUUAGGUAUUUAUUCUGGAUGCACCUGUGUCUGUAGUUUUCCUGUUACUCGACUUCUUGCUAUAUGAACUUUUCAUUUUGUCUCUAAAUAAAGCUGCAAGCAACACAGAGGGUGGAUAUGGGAAUACCUUGUGCAUCAGUCUAUCUUCUGCAAAAAGCCCAGUGCCUGGCACAAAACCGGCACCCAGUCAAAGUUUGGAAUUAAUGAAUGUGUUUAUGAGAGACAGUAUGGACCCGGAGACUCUUUGUUAAGGGAGGAGGAAGAACUGGAAUUGGUGACUGAUGCUCAGAUGUGGAGAGUGACUGAGGGUAGAAUGUGUGCCCUGAACAUGCAGAAUCCCCACCCCAUCCCACUUGUGUCUUCCUCCUCCAUCUCUGAAUCAAAGUCUCCUAGCCACCUCACAGAAACUCCUCCCUCAAUCUAGUUGAACAUGCUGUGUGCUUUCCCACUCCCCUGUCUUCCCAGUCAUUGAUUCAUUCAUCCAAUUCAAUAAAUAUU